UCCGGUGUGAUUGCAUCUCGCGUCGCGACGCUCCAAUCUCAUUUACCGAUUUAUUGAUAGCGCUCUCCAGGAGCUUUCUCGUUGUGCACUUUGUAUCAGCUGUUGCAACUGCAAGAGCUCUAUUCUGCUCCAAUUGGUAUAUGGUAGAUAAACAAGUAAAUCCUUGCUGAUAGACGUUCAUCUCUCAAAAACCAACUAGCAAGUUUCCGAUUGCUGAGUAUAAUGCUGUGAACUUGUGCUACAUAAUGGAGUUUCCUGCAGUCCUGCUGACAUUCCUGCUGAGCAAAGCUGUAAUUUCCUUCGGGGAAGACUGCACCACGGGCUUUUCCGUAGUGGCGCCCGAACUAGCCGUACCUGGAAAAACGACAGCUGUUCUGGUAACACUACACGGUCCAACGAGUCUACGACCUCUCAACGUUACCCUACGGCUCCUUCCAGAUGCUCAAAAGGGGACAAACCAACAACUCGUUGAAACCACUCAGGAAAUAAGAGGACACGGAAUUUUGCCCUUGGAAGUCCCGUUAGAAGCGUCAGGAAGCUACGUGCUGCAGACGUUAGUAAACUGUACCGGAAACGACCACUGUGAACUACAAAGCUCGUCCCAAAUGAGACUUGUCGGACCCGUCAGAGACGUCAUUAUUCGUCCUGCCAAGCAUGCCUAUAGGCCAGGAGAAACCGUAUCCUUCUGGGUAUUAGCGUUGGAUCAUGAUUUGCAGAUUGCAUCAGGUUCAAUCGGAAGCGUUAGCGUCAAAGAUCCAGCUGGAACAAAAGUAGCUUUAUGGGACCAAAUAGCAUUAGACGAAGGCGUCAAAGCAUUCUCCUUGCCUUUGUCAGAAUAUGCAAGUUCUGGGAGAUGGUUGCUACACGUCGAAGUGGAAUCCGCCGAGUUUUCAGCACCCAUUGAGAUAGCUCCGGGUGUGGGAAAUGGACUUCCUGAUGUUGCAGCAGCCGAAGAGCAUUACGUUGAAUUGCGUUUCGGCAGGGAAAUGAGGCGCAGCUAUAAGCCAGGCUUACCGUUUGCUGGAAAGGUUGAAGCAAUGAGCACAGAAAAGUCGGUGAGGGUGCGUGUGAAAGUCUACGACAACACAACUUCCAUCUACAGUCAAGAUAUAGAAAUAUCCAACGGCGAGGGCACUUUCGUUGUUCCUGCUAUAUUGGCCGACAGCGAUAUUAUUGCACUACAGGCCGAGCUUGUAUCAGUCGACAGUAAAGAAAUUGAAAGCCAUUACGUGCUAGCGAGAGAACCAAUCCAUAAAUGGAACUCAUCUUCAGAUUGUUAUCUCCUGAUUGAAGGGGUCGAGCACACCCUCCAGCCGGAAGAGGAAGCUCACGUCGCCAUCCUUUCCACGUGUCCUUGCGAACGUGACCUGCAUUAUGUCAUCACCACUGACGGCCGGGUCACCGACUGGGCACAACGAAGAUACGAAGAUCCUGUUCCUCCGGCAACUUCCGCUUCCGCCGGUGCUGUUUGUCGUCUUAAUUUCAGUUUCACAGUUCGCUCCGUAAUGGCUCCAGUGAGCCAACUGCUGGUCUACUACGUUACUCCCCAAGGAGAACCCGUCAGUGACGUAAUUAGUUUUGACGUUAAGUUGCUUCACAGACAGAUUUACGUAAACUUAGAAGAGCGAGAGUGGUGGUUACCGGGUCAGUCUUUGGAUUUAGAAGUGGUGGCUGAACGUUCGUCUCUCGUUUGCCUAUUAGGCGGUCGUUCAGGAGGAAACGGAGACAUUAAAUUCGAUCCUCGAAUUAGCGAAGAAAGAGAGCCAGCAUCGGUAGCCGGAGAAAUUGACUUCCUGGAGGCGGGAGUUUCGUUCUUUCAACGACAAUGCGUAAAAAGAGGCAAUUCUGGAAUAUCGGCGGUGUCCUACAGACAAAGAGGCUCGGGUGCAGGGCCGUCCAACCGGAGAAGACCUCCUGAAAGUCUGGUGGGAGGCGCCCCAUUCGAUCAACUUUGGCUUUGGAAGUGCUUUAAUUAUUCGUCAGAAAUUGCGUCCACUGGACUGACUAUUUCGGCGCCUCAAGAAGCUGGUAAAUGGUCUCUGUGGGCCUUAACUGUGUCUAGCAAUGGGCUACGAUUUUCUUCGUCCGUGAACGUCCAAGUUUUCAGACCUCUACAGGCGGAAUUCCAUUUACCUCCUAGUUUGAGAGUUCGGGAAACUUUGGAAGUCGACAUUAAGAUUGGAAAUAACAUAAACUCCUGUAUGGACGUAACCGCUCUCUUGGCUUUAAGCGAAGGUGCACAGUUUUUAAGUAACGGAUUACUUUACGUUACCGAAAGACUUAGAUUAGGACCACAUGGUGCGACGUCUUUGGUAGUACGGCUUUUGGUAACGACGCCAGGUUUAAAAAAUAUGACAGUUGAAGUUAACGGUUACACCAGUCCUUCCUGUGAAGGUGUAGAGAAACCAGGGAACACAUCUCUGGCAGGAGCUGUUCUUCGUUCAGCGACAAUUAAAGUUUAUCCCGAAGGAAUUGUGCGAACAGACACGGAGAGUGCUUACUUUUGCGCGAACGAAAACUUGGUAAUUUCCACAGCCGACAAAUAUAAAUAUGAAUGGGUAGCGGCCCCACGCAAUCACGAGGGUAUAGUUUUGGAGCUGAAAGCAGGAGUAUCUAAGCGAAUCGGUCCAAUUCACAUCGCUCUCGCUGAAAGCCGUUCCCCUUCUGAUAAGAUGUAUCGCUUAACCAUUGGCGAUGUGAACAACAUGAUUACAUGGAUAGGCCGCGGAAAACAUGGCUACGGAGUUCAAUUAACAAGAGUGGAAACGCCAGGAAUCUUAUCCGAGGAUGAAUGGUGCACAUUCUGGAUCACGUGGGAGAAGAACACUAUAGCCUUCGGAAACGGGUCGAUUCCCCACAACAAUACUUUACUCAAGUGGAGGAUGGACAAGAAGAUUAAAAUACAACAAGUGGGCUUUGCGUCGUCUUGGGGAAGCUCCGCAGAAUUCAGAAUAUGGAAUUUCAAUGAGGAAGCCGGCUUUUCGCAAGUUCUCCAUUUGGACACGCCAAAAUCGGUCGUUCCAGGUUCGGAAUGGGGAAAGUUGCUCGUAGCGGGAGGUUUAGCUCUGCCGGCCAUAAACAAGAAAAUCGAAGGUGGCGGACUUUCCGGUGCUUUGGCUGCUUUAACUCCGCUUUUAACUUUGCAACAUCUCGGCAAGAAAGCCAACAAGACCGAACGCCUGCAAGCUUUGCAGAGUUUACCUGGUAAUAUACAAACCAUCCUUUCCUAUCGCAAGGUUGACAACUCUUUCAGCGAGCAUCAAAUGCUGGGAAGUCAUUCCGCCACUGUGACGAUUUUAGAAGCAUUGACCAAGGUCCAGACAUAUUUCAGCAUCGAUCCUGAUCUAAUCCAAGCCAUCAAGCGUUGGGUGCAACUCCGCCAAGAAGACGACGGUCGAUUUACCCCGCUUCCCGCGGACAUAAAAUUACCACUAUCCAAACAUUCCGAAUUUAUGCGAAAGAACUUAAGCUCGGAAACUGCUCUACUCGAGCACGUUGUCGAAAUUACCGCCGACACGGUCAUAGCGUUGUACGAAAUCGGAAUAGAAAGCGACGUCGAUUCCGACACGUUGCAAAAAGCAAAAAUAUUUUUAGAAAACAGCUUACCUAAGCUGCAAAGACCCGAAACGAUAGCUGUUGUGGCAUUAGCUUUAGUUCUGGUCCGCAGUGCCACCGCGUCCUGGGCAAUCGAGAAAUUAAGGAACGUCUCCACAACAGAAGAUGGGGAAUUCGGUUGGCCGCAUUUCGUUCCACGACGAGACGCCGCCGAUUGGCUGUAUGAAUCGGAGGCAGGAAAAACACUUAAAGAACCGUUAGCAACCACCUUGGAUGAAUACAAAGCCUCCCUUCACGCGCUAUCCACUUUCUGCAUAAUCGGGGAUUUGAAAUUUGCUGAAAGUGUGGCGCGGUAUUUAUUCUAUCGAUCUCACAUGCUAGAUAAACAUCCCGAAUUACUGUAUCAGGCUGUAAAAACUUUCACUCAGUACGAUCUAUUAGCGAGAGAUCGACAUAGAGCUUUAACGGUUUCACUAGCAACUUCCGGAAUGGAACUUACAGACACUUUAGAGCUGAAGCCAGAUAAGCCAUCGCAAAGACUACACUUGCCUAGUCUUCCUACCAAAGUUUUUGUCUACGCAACAGGAGCUGGAUGCGCUACUAUACAGGGUAAAGUAUCGUACUCAACCUACUCCAUUAAGAAUACAACACCACUGCUCGAGCUAUGGUCAGGAGUAAUUCAAGAAAUUCUGCCUGAUCGCAGUUCUGUCGAUGAAAUAGAAGGAAAACUUCCCAUGCUUAAAUUAAAAACAUGCUUCAGUUGGAAGGGUUUAACGCCCUCCGGUAUUUUGCGUCUGGAAAUUUCUCUGUUCUCGGGCUACGAACUAGCUACAACUCCUCCACAGCUAUUGAAUCCACCAGAAGAUAUGUCUGAAAUGCAACAUAAUUUCCACGACAACAAAUUGUGGUUUAUUUUUGCCAAUAUUUCUACUUUAUGCCCGGUUUGCGUACAAUAUAUGGCUCGGAGCGCCUUCGUAAUUUCUUCCCUUCGUCCAGCAUAUGCCAAGGUAUUUCCUGCAGGUAGACAGGAUUUAGCGGCAGAAACCUUUUUCCAUACGAAAAUUGGAAGCAACUUGUUAAAAUCGAUAACCGAAGAUGAUUUGAUUACAUGGUUUGGUAAAAAUAAAACUAGCAGUAGUCAACCGUAUUUUCAGGUCCCUGAAAGCUGUGUAAGAGAUAUUUUGCCAACUACGACCUCAACGGUUAGUACUACAAGUAACACUGCUUCCAGCACUGUCAGUACUACAACUGAUUAUGCUCCAGUACCUUCACCAAAACUAGAAGUUCUUAGUGUUGCAACUUACACGAUUAAUGUUGAUAAUGAUUCCAUAUCAAAUGUGAAUGACACUAAAAAAUAUCAAAACUUAACAUCAAUUACUUCUACAAGUUCGACUAAAAUCUAUUUAAAAACUACCGAAAGCACAAUCGAAGAAAAUGUAAUACCAAACGAAGAAUCUUUUAAGAAAAAACAUUCUUUAAGCAAAGAAAAGAUUGCUGUAUCGAUAUAUAACAACAUAACCGAGAAUUCCACUGAUAUACCAAAUAUUACAACACAUGUGAAUACGUCUAGUACAACUCCUGAUUCUACAAUAUCUACAAAGCCACCAAGGAAUCUUGUCGCAGAGAAAAAUAUUUCACCGCCAAAGCAUGUAAAUACUGUGUUACACAACAUUCCCGUAAAAUACAUAGAAAAAGGGACAGAGAGGCUCUCAGAGGAGUCGUUAGCGACAUUUGCUCCUGAAAUAAAAAAUGAUCAGUACGUGCUUUUAGAUAAGGAAGAACUUUGGGGUAUGUUAAAAGAAGUCGUUGACGAUCAAUUAAGAAAGAAGGCGAACUCCAAAAUUGCUGAUGGAGAGAAAUUACGAAGUCAAGGUUUCACGUAAUUAUUUCCUUCGUUAUUAAAGUGAAAAUACGUGUUGUGAUUAGAGUAUAAUUGAUGAUCUCGUUUUCGAUUUGUAAAUUGUACAUAACGUAGACGAUAAACUUUGUGCUGAGUUUAUUGAUCGGAAUGCAGAUAAUGCUUGGAUAUUUAUGUAGACUCAACCACAAUUAGCAAUAUUUGUAAGUGUCUUUUGGUAUUAAAAUCAAUUACACAAUCAACACACUCGGUGGAGAGAAGUGAGUAAUUUGUUAACAUAUUUCUUGUUACUAGAAUGUGCCAGCGAUGUAACGUCAAAAAUGUGAUUCCAAAUCUGUAGAUUGUUGUGUAUCUUAUAAACAAUGUUGUUUACAGCAAAAUCCAUUUUAAAAAUUAUACUCAAAUGAUGUUGUUUAAAAUCAUUCAUUAAAAGGAAAAGAGAGUGUUGACAAAUUCUUAAUUGUAUUUCUAUUAUUGAAUCGUAAGGAUUUCAAGUAUUGUGAAACCUACACAUUCACAUUUUAACUUUUUUUCAAUUUAAUAAAUUUAAAUGAUAGACGUUUAAUUAUAAUGUACAACUUAAAUCAAUACAUUAAGUAUUUAUACAUAUUUUACUUUUAGUAAUAACUUACUUAACUAUAUUUAUUUUACAAAAUACUCACUUCAUUAAAUUUUACCCUUCAUCUUUAUGAAAAGCGACAGAGAUUUAUUUAUUAAUAAAGUAUGAUCAAGUACCGCUUCAAAAUCAAAGGGAAACAGAUUUUUAAAUAUAAUUUCCAUGAAUUUCUUCCAAGACAAACUUAGUAUUUAUAAUUUGUUAGACUUUCGUAAAGGUAGUAUAACGUUAUAAUAGCACUGUUAUAGCUCUUUUAAUUUUAUUUUAUAAAAGUAAAACUAUAAAACGGAAUUUUUACAUAGUAACAACUUCGCGUAAGAUAAACAUAACAUAAUACGUUUAGUUACAUGUGUACAUAAGAAAAGUGUAAAUUAUCCGCCCAUUAAUUAUAAACUGAAAUCAUUAAAAUGGUAAUUGUAAGAAUUAAAUGUCAGCUGUAAUUUAGACGUUAAGAAUUCUUUACUGUACAUACAGCGCAAAUAAGCAAAAUGUGACGCAUUUUUAUAAAUGUGCCAAAUCGUUCACAUUUCGUUGAAAAAUAAUCCCAAUUAUAGGGAAUAGAAUUUAUUUUCAACCGAAUUAUUUACAAUAUUUUUGUGAUUUAUUUUACUCGUGUACCUGUAUAAUUUGAUAAUUACAUCUACGUUGCCAAAUAUAGCACUAGACAAUUAAAAGUAGUAUGUACUUCACCUUUUGUUACUUGUAAGAUUUAUCCAAUGAACAUCGAAAUUUUUAUAACCUUACCAUUUCGAAUUCAGAAUGUAUAUAUAUUUUUUUUUAUCAAGUUGAUAAUACUUUACAUUUUUGCACAAACUUUUGUACCUUACACUUUACAAAUUGUCACGAUUGACACUUAAAUACAUCUAAUAAGUAAAGUGAAACAUGUACACUGCUCACAAUUAUUAGCAUAUAGGAGAAAACAAUAUUAUUUUCUCAGUACUAAUGCUUCAGCAAAGUUGUAUAAUGCAUUUUAGCUCUAUUUUAAAUACAAACUGUACGUAUUCAUGUCAUAUCAAUGUUGUAUGAUUUAUCAGUUCAAUAAAUUAUGAUUUUUUAAAA